AUGUUACUUCGCAGUCUUGUUCGUGGUGCUGGUAGAUUUGCAGGUCGUUCUUCCUUUCGAAAUAUAGCAACUUCUCUUAAAACAAAUCCAUCAUCAUCAUCAUCAUACCAAGAAACACUUCUUAAUGUACCUGAAACUCGAGUCACAGCAAUUAAAAAUGGUUUACGUAUAGCAUCAGAAGAUUAUGGUCUACCAACAUGUACUGUUGGUGUAUGGAUUGAUGCUGGUAGUCGAUUUGAAAAUGCAGAAAACAAUGGUACUGCUCAUUUUCUUGAACAUAUGGCUUUUAAAGGUACAAAUAAACGAACACAACGUCAACUUGAACUUGAAGUUGAAAAUCUCGGUGCACAUCUCAACGCUUAUACAUCAAGAGAACAAACUGUUUAUUAUGCUAAAUGUUUUAGUAAAGAUUUACCACAAAUUGUUGAACUUCUAUCAGAUAUAGUUCAAAAUAGUCGAUUUGGUGAAGAAGAAAUUGAACUUGAACGUCAUACAAUAUUACGUGAAAUGCAAGAAAUUGAAAAUAAUUUACAAGAAGUUACUUUUGAUCAUUUACAUGCAACUGCAUAUCAAGGUACACCAUUAGGUAGAACUAUUCUUGGCCCAUCAGAAAAUAUCAAAUCAAUCAAAAAAGCUGAUCUAUUAACAUAUGUUGGAUCACAUUAUAGAGCACCACGAAUGGUUUUAGCUGCUGCUGGUGGUGUUAAUCAUGAUGAAUUAAUUCGUUUGAGUGAAGAACAUUUUGGAAAAUUAAAAGCUGGUUAUGAAGAAGUACCUGAUCUUUCACCAUGCCGAUUUACUGGAAGUGAAAUUCGUGUUCGUGAUGAUGAUAUGCCAUUAGCACAUAUUGCUAUUGCUGUUGAAAGUACUGGAUGGGCUGAUGCUGAUACUAUUCCAUUAAUGGUUGCAUCAACUAUCAUUGGCAAUUGGGAUAGAUCAAUGGCUGGUGGUGGUCAUGUUGCAACUAGACUUGGUCAACAAGCAGUUAAAUAUAAUCUAUGUCAUUCAUAUCAAGCAUUUAAUACAUGUUAUACGGAUACUGGUUUAUGGGGAGCUUAUUUAGUUACUGAUCGUAUGAAAAUUGAUGAUGCAAUGAGUGCAAUACAAGAUGAAUGGUGUCGUAUUGCCACAUCAUGUACUGAUGUUGAAGUUACAAGAGCUAAGAAUUUACUUAAAACUAAUAUGUUAUUAAUGCUUGAUGGAUCAACACCAAUUUGUGAAGAUAUUGGACGUCAAUUACUAUCCUACGGUCGACGUAUUCCACUACAUGAACUUGAUGCACGCAUUGAUGCUGUUGAUGCAAAAACAGUUAUGGCAGCAAUGAAUCAAUAUGUUUAUAAUCAUUGUCCAGCUAUUGCUGCAGUUGGUCCAGUUGAACAAUUACGCGAUUAUAAUCGAACACGUAGUCGAAUGUAUACAAUAUCACAUUGA